UGUGUUAAUAACUACUGUAUUUGCUAUCUUAAUGUUCUUUGAACGAGAUUUAUUCAUAAUCAUUUGUUCUUAUGGUCUCCACGAUAGUUUCAUUGAUUACACCGACUGACCUACAUUUACAGUGAUCUUAUGUCAAGGUUGACACUUUUGACAUACAUAUGAUCAAUGAAACAAAUCUUAAUACUUCUGUAACAUUUUCAGUCUAAAUCCAUGAACAAUAACUUUAUUUUCAAAAAUAAGAGUUUAAUCGCAUGCAACCGAGAACGGAUCAAAAUGGACAUAUCGAUCUUCUCUGAUAGAUCGCGAGGUACCCUCGGCAGUGGACAGUACAAUUUAAAUCUUGCGUAAUAGCUCUGAUUACGGCUCACCAGGACUACUAUUUCCUAUUACCGUAAUAGCAGUUGGUUUCCAGGCUGUCGAACUAUUAAUAGCGUUUGGCAGAGAAAGUCCGUUCGUAUAGAGUUGAACACGAAAGGGUUCGCGAUCUACGAAUGGGUCGAGCGAGUCUUGUUUGACUUUCGUCAUUGAUUUUCGAAUUUAGACCGAAUGAUAAGCAAAUAUGUGUCACGGUGAACUGGAUCUAAUUACGUCAAUUCGAUAACUCAAUUACGUUCAACCAUCGCUUUCAAGGGAUGUAACUAGUAUUUUACGCAAUGCGUGUUCCGUCGUGCUUUCUUCUCGGCAACAAGAACGUUUGUUUUGCGGAAAAUAAUGAAUGACUCAUAAAAUACGGAUGUUGAGCAGAAUAAAAUAUAUUUUACGCGUGUUCGUCUAUUAGUAUUCUCCAUGGUACACGCGCGUGGAAAGAUGAAUAUGAAGUAGUUUCUAUAAUAAGACUUUCGGUAGAAGAAUAAGAUGCGGCUGGCAAUAUCUUAUAUGUAUUUCCUUCUGGGAAAUAAGUAAUUCUUUGUUUAAAGAGGAAGAAUCAUGCCAAGUUUUCUUACGAAUUUCUAUGUAAGAAAAACCGAUUUUUAAAAUAUCCUAAGAAUACUACUUCGACCAAAGAGUACAGACAAAAACAAGUUCAUUUUGUUAAAUUAGAUGUGUUAACACGGAAUAGACAAAACAGUGCAUCUCUAUCAGGCUUGUAGCCAUUGACUUGUAAAUUGUCUAAAUAUUUUGAAUAGCGGUUCCUUGGAGCUGCUUCUCGAAGUCAGCUGCACUGCUAUGUGCGUCAGUUCUGUUUUACUUCUGAAUCAGAAAGCUUCUGAACUUCAGUUUUCGGAUUUACGAUUGAUCGAAGAAUUCCUUUUCUUUCUUUGAAUAUCUGUUUUGCCAAUAUGGAAUCGGUCAAAAAUGACAUUUUUGACGACCAAGAUCAUUACACAAUAAUAUCCAAUAAUUUCGAUUCCGAUGAAAUACAAAGAAUUGGAAGUCGUGACAGUUUCUCGAUGAAAAUGCAACGAAGCUUAAAGAAAGUGAGGAGGAGCAUCCAAAAAAUAACUGAAACUUCAUCGACUGUUCAACCUCACUGCGUUUUCGUAGAAAGCUUGCAAGAUGAUGAGAAACAGCCGCCGUACAUAUUACCAGAGCGACUAUCUUUCUUAAUGUACCAAACGGGAUUUUCGAAGGACGAGAUAAGGAAAUUAUAUCGCGCUUUCAAGCAACACUGCCCGAGAGGAGCCGUGACCACGAAUGACUUAAAACCGGCUUACGCCAAAUUAUUCCCGUUAGGGGAUCCGGCCAGGUACACGCAGAUCGUCUUCAACAUUUUCGACAAGGAUGGGGAUGGUAUCGUGAGUUUUGCGGAUCUCCUCAUCGAAGCUGCUUCGAUUAUUAACGGUGAUGUUGAUCGAAAGCUUCAAUGGAUUUUCAGAUUUUACGAUUUGAACGGGGACGGUUAUAUCACGAGAAAAGAGAUGUUGAUCAUAGUGUCGGCGAUUUACGAGAUGUUGAAUAAUGGACAUAUCAUUCAGCGGAUCAUCGACAGACACGUGGACAAAGUUUUCGAAAAGAUGGAUGCUGAUAAGGAUGGUGUAAUAUCAUUAGAAGAAUUUAUGAAUAGUUGUAAAAAUGACAGCACGAUCCAAAAUCAGCUGGCGAUAUUUGAUCAUUUUUGGUGAUAGAAGUUUCUUAGUCUUACUAUUUUCAACAAGAAAUGGAACUUAAACGAUUUUCUAUUUAAUAAGUUCUGUUAUUUCCGUAAUAAAAUAUAAUAAUUAUAACCAUAAAUAACAAAUAACAUUAUAAAUUAUUAACAAUUUAAAUAUACAUCGGAUACCAUCCGUUCCAUUAUAAGAGA